AAUCUCCUCCAUGGCAGGAUAAGGUGCCUACGUCCCGAACAGCGUGGUUCUUCCAUUCCCAGCCUCCAGUUCCCAUCGCGAAUCAUGGCCAAAUGCUACUCCGACUGGCCUCCCCUCCCCCCUCUCCAUCCGUCGAGAAGAUCGUCGCCCAACACCUCCCUCUGCACGAUCAAGCGGCAGCUCGCGUCCUUCGUCCUGCACUGCUCCCGCUCCUGCGCCUCCCCCGUUCUUGAGCCCAAGAACUUGCCCGGCGAGCUCCAUGUUUUUUCUGCUCCGGCGCCGGCCAAGGCGGCGCCGGUGUCUACGCUUCCCGACGCUGCGAAGCUCGGCAUCUCCAACAAGUUCAUCCGGGGCCUCUGCAGCGACCGGCAGACCGAGCCGCUCGCCUUCGAGUGCUACCGGAGGGCUCUGCAGCAGCCCGAGUUCCGGCCGGACAAGAAGACGAUGAAUGCGCUCACCGUCCAGCUGCUCCGGUCCAAGCAGUGGAGCUCGCUGGAGCACCUGGUCCAAGAUUUCAUGGCCUAUGGGGUGCUCCCGGAGAGACGGACGUGCGCGCGGCUCGUCGCGACCUGCGUCAAGGCGAGGAAGUUCGGCCUCGCCGACGUGGUGCUCGGGGUCCUCGAAGGGAAGAAGGGCCCGGCCGCCGCCGUGUGCUUCAGCUCCGCGCUGCAGGCGUACAACAAGCUGCACAUGUACCGGAGCACGGUGCUGCUGUACGAGCGGAUGAAGGCGGCCUGCCUGUCGGUGAACGCCGACGCCUACCGCGCCGUGAUGGCGGCGUUCGGGGCGCUUGGCGAGCCGGACGCGGUGGCCUCGCUGUUCAAGCAGUACAGGUCUCGGAAAUGGUACCCCUCCGAGACCUGCCUCGAGACGUACACCAUCGCCUGCGACGCGCUGGGGCGGGCAGGCAGAGCCCUGGACGCGCUCAAGUGCCUGCGGGAGAUGGAGGCGGACGGCAUCUCGCCGGACGCCGCGAUCUACUCCACGGUCAUCGGCUCUCUGGCGGACGCCCGGGAGACGGCGUCGUCGGAGGACGUGUACCACGAGGCAUGGAAGAAGGGGAUGCUGCGAGAUCCAGACAUGUUCCUGAAGGUGAUCAUCAUGCAAGUCGAGACCGGGCUACUGGAGGACACGCUCGGCGUGGCCAAGGACAUGAGGGAGAUCGGCCUGAGGGUCACCGACUGCGUCCUCUCCACGGUCGUCAACGGCUUCGUGAAGAGGAGAGGCCUGAAGCCAGCCAUCAGAGCGUAUGACAAGCUGGUGGCCAUGGGAUGCGAGCCCGGGCAGGUUACCUACGCGUCGGCGAUCAACGUGUACUGCCGGCUGGGGCGGAGCGACAGGGCGGAGUCCGUCUUCUCGGAGAUGAUCGACCGGGGCUUCGACAAGUGCGUGGUGGCGUACGGCAACAUGAUCUCCAUGUACGGGCAGAUCAGGAGGGCGUCGGACGCCACCAGGCUGCUGGCGCUGAUGAAGCAGAAGGGGUGCGAGCCCAACGUGUGGGUGUACAACUCGCUCCUGGACAUGCGCGGCAAGCUCGGGGACUCGAGGCAGGCCGAGAAGAUCUGGAAGGAGAUGAUGCGGCGCAAGGUGCAGCCCGACCGGGUGAGCUACACGGCCAUCGUCGGCGCGUUCAACCGGUCGGGGGAGCUGGACCGGUGCAUGGACUACUACCAGGAGUUCAGGGAGACGGGAGGGACGGUGGACAAGACCCUGGCCGGCCUCAUGGUGGGGGUGUUCUGCAAGACCAGCCGGUUCAACGACCUCAUCCAGCUGCUGAGGGACAUGAAGCUGCAGGGCACCAAGCUGGACAGGCGGCUGUACAUGAUCGUCCUCAACAACCUCCGAGAGGCCGGGCUGGAGGUUCAUGUCAGGUGGCUCCAGGAUUACUUCAAUUCCGUGGAGGAGAAAACCUGAUUUCGCGCUCCACGAGUGCCUGAUGUUCAUCUUCAGCAUCGGAGCAUGAGGAUUUGGGUGUCUGGGGAAGGCACUGCUCUGUAAAUUUGAAGAAAAAUAGGUAAAUAUUUGCUUGCCUCCAUGCUCCUUGAAACUACGUGCAUGCUUCCCUGAAGCAUGGAGAAAUUGACACUGUAAAUGUAUUGUAGAAAAUGGCACCAUUGUACCAAAAUGAUCUGAUUCCAGAAUUCUCGGAUAAGCUGUAUAGCUGAAUAAUUCUACAUUCAUGUCGGAUUCGAUGAUACUCUUGUACAGUUGUAUUAUAGCCCCCGUGGCGGAUGUAAUAACUUGUAUCGAUACUGAAUUUCUCACAUUUGCUCACAUUGGGCUUGUUA